UUGAAAGGUCUCCGAUGUUUUAGCCCAACACUCAAACAACAAUUAGCACCAAUGCAACAUGUAAUGGUACUUGUCACUUGAUGAUUUCUACGCACUCAUCAGUCAUCAUCCUCUCAUAACCUACCAAAAAAUGAAAAAAUCAACAAUAAGACAUUUAAAAUGGGUUUCGUGUUAUUUCGCACCUACUCUUUUCUCAUUUUAAACAAUUUUGAGCUCCAAUUCUUUGUUCCUUAAAGAGCUAAACCUCCAUGUCAACGGUAAAUUGCUUGACCCAUUUCCCAAAUUUAACUUCUCCUACCAAAUUUAAAUUUAACCUCUUUACCAAUUCUUCUUCCUUCCACCAUUGUUGUUUUUCUAAAGAACUUUCAAUUUCCCGUGAUUUUCUUUCUGGAAAAUACCCAGUUUCCAGAAUUAGAAAAAAAAGAAGAUUAAUGGGUGAAAGGAUCUUAAAAAUCCCAGCUUUAGGAUCAGAAGAUGGUGAAGAAAAUCCCAGUGUUCUUGAGCAGGAGAUUUUAAUUGGUGGGUCUUCUAAAUUUCGCUCUAAUUUUGUUUCUCCUGAAUUUGAAGCCACUCUUAAUAAACUUAGCAAGUGGCUCAUCGCUGUUCUAUUUGGUGUCGUCCUCCUCUGGAGACAUGAUGCUGAAGCCGUGUGGGUUGCCAUGGGUUCUGUUCUUAAUUCUGCGCUCUCUGUUACUCUAAAAAGGAUAUUAAAUCAAGAGCGUCCUACGGCAAACCUGAGAUCUGAUCCUGGCAUGCCAUCAUCCCAUGCGCAGUCCAUCUUUUUUGCUGUCGUGUUUGUCAUUUUGUCAGUUGUGGAAUGGCUGGGGGUGAACGAAAUCAGUGUGAUCUUUGCUGCUGUUUCACUGGCAUUUGGCUCAUAUCUUUCAUGGCUACGAGUCGCGCAAAAGCUCCACACGAUCGAUCAGGUGGUCGUAGGUGCGGUCUUAGGUUCCUGUUUCUCAGUCGCGUGGUUGUGGUCCUGGGAUGCAGUCGUCUCUGAGGCAUUCAAUUCCUACAUGUGGGUUCAAGUUUCUAUUUUGCUUGCCUCUGCUAUAUGUUGCAUGGGGUUUCUUUUAUACGUUAUUCUUAACUGGUUUCAGAAAGACAGAUGAUAUAUAUAUAAACAACUUAUGGCCAAUUCUUAUUUAAUCUUAAGUUCCAAGUA